AUGGCCAAACUACACGAUGAUUGCCUUCACUCUCACCAAAUAGAGCCUCGUGGACCCAAACCACCAUCUUCCCUGCUGGGCAGGAUCUCAUUUCCCCAAUUUCUAAAAUGCUGUUGGUCCCCCAACGACGAUGGCAGUGUCUCCGAGCGAGAGACCCUGCUGGAUUCGCCAUUGUCCUUCUCCGAGAAGUACGGCACAUGCAGGAAAAUCCUCCAUUACGGUUCUCACAGCUGUGUGAGGAUCUACGCGCAAUCACCUCCCUGCAGUCCAUACCAACGGCUCUAUGUGGUCAAGGUCUUCCGUCGUUCGUCCUGCGUCGCCAUCACCCAGGCCCACCGAUUCGAACAGACUCUCUCCUCGGCCGUUUCUCAUCCCAACCUCCUCCAGGCCGUCGACGCCCCGCUCAAUGAACGCGGGGAACUAUGUCUAGUGACGGACCUGUGUGCCGGAGGAGACCUCAACACCCUAAUCGCCACAUCGGAUCGGAAUCUGCCCGUUCGCAGUGCGGACUGUUUCUUCAAGCAGAUCAUGCGCGCGCUAUCCUAUCUCCAUGACCAUGGCAUUGCGCACUGCGACAUCAAGACGGAGAAUAUCCUUCUCACAGUCAACGGUGCCGUCAAAGUGGCGGACUUUGGCAGCGCACAGUGGUCCCCAAUCGAUGAGAAGACAGCAAAGAACCACGGCAACUGGAUACGUCGGUCUCUACUUGCCAAUACGGGUCAAUAUGCACCACCGCGGAAGUUGCUCGGUUCCAUCGCUUAUCUUCCCCCGGAGGAAUUCAGCAGCACUGAUGGUGGUGGUAGUAGUAGUAGUGGUGGUGGUGGUGGUGGUGGUGGUGGUGAUGGUGAUGACGAUGUACACGAUCAUAGGCCGGGUGAUGUCUGGGCCGCGGGACUGGUGUAUAUGGCAAUGAGAUGUGGGCGUUUACUUUGGCGAAUGGCUUGUGAGGAUGAAGACGGUGGCUAUAUGGCAUAUAUUCGCGGACGUCAGCGAAGUAAUGGUUAUCCUCCGAUCGAAGCGCUAGGGGAGAAGCACCGGUGUAAUGUUAUCUAUGCAAUGCUACAUCCCGAUCAUAGCCGGCGGAUCGAGAUCAACGACGUGCUCCGGUCCGAAUGGAUGUAUGACGUGCAGAACGUGCUUUGCCUACCGGAGGAUCAAACCUGGCUGUAUAUGCUUGAGAUGGUGCAUAGCGUCAACAAGGCUUCAUCUUGA